AUGCGGUUAUUGCUGCUUCCAUCGGAAUUCAGGAACUCAUAAUUCUCAUUACGCAUCAUGGCAACGCUAAAUUUAUAAAAAAAAAAAAGAGUAGAUGUUAAGUCUCGUAGAAUUAUAUUUUACAUAGUAUUUAUUUUACUAUAAUAAUAAAUGUUUAUGAAAAACGUAAUUCCAACUUAUGUUGUAAGAUUUGAACAACAAAAUAAAGCCAUUCGUUUGCCUAUCAUAUUAUAAAAUAUAAUAUAUGAUGAUCAACCAAGAAAAGUCCUAGAUGCCAAAAAAAAGACUGGGAGAUACCGAUAUUAUCAACAAGAAUAAUAUUGAACGAGAAAAUAACCAAAUGGAUAAAUAUUCUUUGUAUACACAAGUAACAAACAACUUGGUGGACGAAGUAUGUGACUUGUGUCUGGAGCCGUUUACAUCUAAAAGGCAACUGAAAUAUCAUAUUACAACAACGCACAGUGGUAUUUCUACGAUCGACGAUCUUUCAAUUAAAAAAAAAUCAGAUAAUAGAUUCGAAGGUAAUAAAAUGAUAAAUGGGACAAAUAUUAAACAUAAGAAUUAUGAAAUGGCAGAAAAUUGCUCUAAAUUGUUGAUGAAAGUUGAAAAAACUAGGCCUUUGCAAGUAUCAAACAGUUUGGCGGAAGAAAUAUGUGAUUUGUGCCUGGAGCCGUUUACAUCUAAAAGGCAAUUGAAAAAUCAUAUUACAACAUCGCACAAUGAUAAUUCUACAAUCGAUGAAUUUUCAAUCAGAGCCAAAAACGGAUAUAAAGUUAAAACUAUAAGAAACGCUAUCAAUACAAGAAGUAAAAUAGAUGACUUCAAUUGCUAUAACAAUGAGCCUCAGAUAGAUACGUACAAUAAUUUGCAAGUUUUUAGGGAAACAUCAAAGGAAGUCUUACCCAAAAUAUGUAUGUUCAUCUGCAAUUUGUGUCAAAAAUCGUUUGCUACCAAAAAACUAAUCAUUUAUCAUUUUUCAAAAUCACACUCCACUAUUUCAAACAUAAAGCAGAAGUCUCAAAAAGGUAUCCAAAUUCUAGACUGUUGGGGUAAAAAAUUUUCUGGAAACGAUGGCAGUCACACUUAUAAAUCUAAACUCAAAUUACAUGAAGGCAUGUAUACUGUCAAACAUUUUUAUAAAUGUGGUGUUAGCGAAAAACUAUUUGCCCAAAACUCUCAUCUCAAAAUACAUUUGAGUAUGCAUACUGGUAACAAACCAUAUAAAUGCACUGUGUGCAAUAAAACGUUUAGUAGUAAGGGUAUUCUCAAAACACAUAAUCACUUGCAUAUCGGUAUGAAACCGUUUGAAUGCACUACGUGCAAUAAAACGUUUAGCAGUAAUGGCAACCUUAAAACACAUUAUCGCAUGCAUAUUGGUGAGAAACCAUACGAAUGCGCUAUUUGUGAAAAAUCGUUUGUCCAAAACUCUCAUCUCAAAAUACAUUUGAGUAUGCAUACUGGUAACAAACCAUAUAAAUGCACUGUGUGCAAUAAAACGUUUAGCAGCAAGGGUAUUCUCAAAACACAUAAUCGCUUGCAUAUUGGUGAGAAACCAUACGAAUGCGCUAUAUGCAAAAAAUCAUUUGCCCAAAAGUCUCAUCUCAAAAUACAUUUGAGUAUGCAUACUGGUAACAAACCAUAUAAAUGCACUGUGUGCAAUAAAACGUUUAGUAGUAAGGGUAUUCUCAAAACACAUAAUCGCUUACAUACCGGUAUGAAACCAUUUGAAUGCAUAAUGUGCAAUAAAACGUUUAGCAGUAAUGGCAACCUUAAAACACAUUAUCGCAUGCAUAUUGGUGAGAAACCAUACGAAUGCGCUAUUUGUGAAAAAUCAUUUGCCCAAAAGUCUCAUCUCAAAAUACAUUUGAGUAUGCAUACUGUAACAAACCAUAUAAAUGCACUGUGUGCAAUAAAUCGUUUAGUAGUAAGGUUAUUCUCAAAACACAUAACCGCUUGCAUACCGGUAUGAAACCAUUUGAAUGCACUACGUGCAAUAAAACGUUUAGCAGUAAUGGCAACCUUAAAACACAUUAUCGCAUGCAUAUUGGUGAGAAACCAUACAAAUGCGCUA